AAUUGAAUUUUACACAACCAAUUGCAUGUGGAUAUCAUAUGAAAAACCUCAACUUUAGUUAAUGGGUUUCGUUUAAAUGGUUCAUUUUUGGGGAGUGCUUUGCUGGAGCAUGAUAAUUGUGCUCUUGCAUAUUGAAUUGAAUUGAAUUAUCUUGUGGCUGAUUUAUUUAUGAAUUUAUUGUCUAUUUUGUGUUGCUGUAUGAUUCAACUGUCUGAGGAGAAAAUUGGGAAACGGUUAUAUUUGUGAAAAUCUUUAUCUAAUUAACUGUUGUAGGAGUAAGGUUAAGGUACUUGUAGUUGUUGUGACUUGUAUCUGCUUGCAAGAUGUUUGAUAAAUGGAUUGGCCCCUUUUUUGUAAGAAAAAGAAAAAAAAGGAGGGAAUGGUUAUUGUUGUCAUUUGUCAAUUAUCAGCAAGUAAGGAGUCUCAACAAACAGUUCCCUCUUGACUCUCUUGAAUACUUCUAAUUCUUGCUCUUCAAAGCUACAAAUCCGACCGCUUUCAAUCUCAGAAUCAGCACCAACAUCCAAUCCCAAAUUGAGAGACAAGUUCAAUAAGAAUAUGCUUGUGGUUGUACCAAUAAUUUUAAAUUGAGAGUAAGGAGCUCCUAUCAUAUUCUGCUCUGCUGUGAUCUUUCUAUGGUGACUUUCAAUUGAGGGAAAGGGAAUGGAAGGAGAUAUUAAGCUUUUGGAUGGAGAUGACACUCACAAAAAGAAAGAAAGUUCUCUGGUGAAGAUAAAAGUAUUGUUUUUCGCCAGAGCCCGUGAUCUCACUGGCCUGAGUGAGUUGCCACUGGAGGUGUCAUCUGGAAGUACUACUCAUGAUUGUUUGAAAAAGCUUUUUGUCAAGUUUCCAAGUUUGGAAGAAAUAAGAGGCUGCAUGGUUUUGGCUCUGAAUGAGGAGUAUACAACUGAGUCAACCAUUGUUAAAGACACUGAUGAGUUGGCCAUAAUUCCUCCAAUAAGUGGUGGCUGAAUCACUUAAUAUCACUGCAUGGUACUUCUACUUUUGUAAUCUAAUACUGAUUGAUAAGUUAAUAUCUCAUGUAGGGUAAAUUUUAUUGGUGGUGUGCAGUUCUCACUCAAGAGGUUAACCUUUCUCAUCAUACAAUUAGGAGAUUUCUACUAAGUUUUUGGGCAACGGUUCAAUCAUGAAGUUAAUUAAAAAAUAAUUUUAACAAAAAGGUUCAACCUUCGAGAACUCAAAACUCUGUAAAAUUACCCUACCAGUAGAUUGAUUGUGAUUUGUGAACUUCAAUAAAUGAUUGUAAUGCUAGAUUUAUUGUAAAUGAACACCAGAAAUUUUCUUGUUCUAGGGAAAAUGAAGAAUUUUCAUUUGUCACUUCCUGUGGCACUUUAUUUUAGCAUUAA